AUCUAAUCAUACAAAUUGCUGACCUCCGUCAUCAGCAUCUUCUCUCUCUCUCUCUCUCUGCUGAGCUGCUUACUCAUUCCAGCUUCAAUUUUCUUUGUCCGUGAUCUAGCUAGCUUGCAUGUCUCUCUAGAGUCGAUCUGAAUCGAUACAAUUGAGACUAGCUACUACGAGUUUGCAGAUGCAUAGCUAGCUAGCUCUCAAUCACAUGAACUCCUCCAGCGCCACCGCUAUGGAUCAAAUAGGCAAGUACUGGGGCAUGUGGGGAGCAAGGAGAAGCAGCAGCAGCAGCAGCACGAUCCCCAUCUCUGCUUGGGCUGCGGCGUACGGCGGCAGCAGCGAGCCGUCGUGGGAGGAGCAGGCCUUCGCACGCGACGCGGCGGAACACCUCGGCGGCUGCGUCUGGCCGCCGCGCUCCUACUCGUGCACCUUCUGCCAGCGCGAGUUCCGGUCGGCGCAGGCACUCGGUGGCCACAUGAACGUCCACCGCCGCGACCGAGCUCUUCUCCGGCUGGGGGGCUCGUCCUCCCCCGAGGACGUGCACGCCACCACCAACGAUCAGCCACACCCGCAGCAAGGUGCUCUCCUGUACAGGGCAGCAGCCUCUAACCCUAGCACUACCACGCCGAGUACUACUGCAGCUGCAGGUACUACUGCUGCCGGCCCAGCAGCAGCCAUAACCAUAGCAGGUGCAGGGGAUGGAGAUGCCAACACCACCACCACCACUACUUACUUGUCAAGAAUUAUCAAGGAGAGCAAGAACAAGCGCUUCAUGCCCAUGCCAGAUCACUCUGUCGCGGGGAUGAGAGAAGAUCAGGCGGCGGCCAUAGAUGAUCAUCGUCAUAAUGAAGAUGGCGACAGCUGGCGGUCAGCCUCAGCCGCGAAAAAGAGGAGGCGUCUGGAUCAUCCGUUGGCAACGGCGGCGGCGCUUCUGAUCUUUGUGCAGCCAGCACCAAAGGCCGCUACCAAUGUUGCAGCAUGUGAAUCACAAGGAGGAGCUGAUCAUGAGACAAAGGUACCGCACACGACAACCCUAACAAGCCCUAGCUCUAGUUCCCCUCUUCUUCUGGAUCAACGACAUGAAUUGGAUCUAGAGCUAAGGCUUGGGACUACACCAAAAGUUACGUACAUACAUGGCAACGAUACACGAAGCUAGCUAGCUAGUUCGUCUGCACGCUAGUAGUUAUUAAGCAGAUCGAUUUAUUUGGUCUUUUGAAUUUACUAUCAUAUCACUAGUUACUCUUGCUUGGUUGUUCAUCAUCUUUCUCCUCUUCAAUUUCUCCCCCUUUUUCCUUUCUUCUGCUAUCCAUGGGGCCGUACAGACUAUUACAUUUUUUGGCCAAAGAGCUAUACCUCUCCCUCUUUCAAUUCAAUCUCAACUAUUGUUCUUGUUUCAAUACAUACAUAAAAAGUUAAGGGGCAUACGAAUACAA